AUGUAUACAGAAGUAGAUGUUUUUGUUUCUAAUUAUACACUCAUAGACCCAGAGAUUUAUCAAUUAUGGAUUGAAGGAUGUUCCUCAAGCGAAGCAGUGUCAACUUUACACCAAAGAGCAGUAACCAAGCAAACUGGGGCCACGGUAGAGUUGAUAGCAAGCGAUGUCCUUGAUCAUUAUCGGACAUUUGCCCUGUUGGAGCGUCUGCUGACCGUUCCAGCAAAGCUAUCGGAGCAGAUGAUCUUCCAGCUCGAUGAGCCCACCAAACAGAUGCUUAUAGAGAAAUACUACGAGCUGGACGACGCAGUGAUCCGAGAGCUGGUCGGGCGCAAGCUGUCGUCUCGUCACCGCAAGGACCUGGACGAGGUGUCGGAGCGCUCGGGGGCGCCCCUGCGCUGUUGCCGGCGCCAGUUCGACAACGUUAGGCGUGUGUUCAAGGCCGUGGAGGAGAUGCCGGGCUCCGUGGUGGCUAACGUGCGGGCCACCUUCCUGCUGUCCGAGCGCCUCGCGGCCAAGUACGGCGCCGUGGUCUUCCUGGCCUGCAUGCGCUUCGAUACGGCCAAGCGCAAGCUGCAGUACCUGUCGUUCGCAGAGCUGGCCGGGUGUGCGCGAGCUGUCCAGGCGGGCUGGACCUACGGCUGCUCGGGUCCGGAGUACUACGACACCGAGAUGGACCGCGAGUUCUUGCUCGAGCUGAGGGAGCUGCGAGUGCUGCUCGACAAGGAGAAGGAGCAUAAGCAUCUGGUGUGCAUGCGGCUGAAGCCCAAGCUCCUGGAGAAGUCUUAUCAAGAGUUGGAGCUCAAUUUCAGGGUGUACACGCGCGCCUUGGUGGGAGUGGCCUGUAACCUGCAUCGCGCGCGAGAACUGCGCUCUCUGUUCAUCGACCUGUUGGAGAGAUGCAUCGAGCCUCUGCGCGCGGGCGGAUGGCCGAAGUCCGACCUGUCUCAGUUCCUCGCCGCCUACGAGCAGUGCGCGCUUCAGAUGGACGUAUUACGGGAGGCGGAUCUGAAGUCCGUGUGGGAGCGAUACAUGCGCGUCAUCAGUCAAUGUCUGCUCACUAUGUACUACUCGUAG